AUUCUCUGGUAGCCAUAUUUGGAUGCAGCUGCCCAUACUUGGAUAGGGUGGUACCACAGAAGAACAAUGAGACAUAUAUUUCACUGGAUGGAUAAACGUGAAGCGAGGAAGCCUAGUGGCCGGCAGUGGGAGAAAGUGGACUACUUUUUGUAGACUUUAGUCUUUGUCAAAGUUACGGGGGAAAAAAUGCAUUGUUUAGGAGUGCAAAGGCGAAUUAUUACACACGCGCACUCCACACAGUAGGCGUUCCCUAAUGGAAAUAUGCAAAUGUUGGUUAGAACGCGCCAAUAGGAUCUCGCUAGCUCGGGCUUGGCUCUGCCCACUAUGACUCAUUCGUUCCCGUUUGAAACGACGGGCUGUGGUCUAUCUUGGUUCUCUUCUACAGAUCUUUGUUGGUAUUCAAUAGGGCUGUUGUGUGUUAGUGAGGAGAGAUUGCAGCUAGCCCUGGGAAAUAUUCAGUGUGGAAAGAAGAAAUAAUACAGGAACAAAACAAAUAGUUUUACUAAGAGUGCCGUGUUUAUAUGUGAGGAAUUUGGUGAAAGCAUUCACGAAUCGCAAUAAGCUGCAUAAUUUACCGCGGAUCCCAAGGAUCCGUGAGGAUGAAACGGCUCAGGUCUUCAAGCAGCAGUGACAGUUCUGACAAUGAGAGUCCUUCCACCUCCUUCUGCUCCUCUAACAAGUAUGGAAGUAAACCUGGAACCCCCGCCUCCGUGCCCAAGAAACCAGCAGAGGUGUUCAGGAAAGACCUGAUCAGUGCCAUGAAGCUGCCAGACUCUCACCAUGUCUCCCCUGAAGACUAUUACCUGCUGGGGGACACCUGGAGACAGGAGUGGGAGAAGGGGGUGCAGGUGCCCGCCUUCCCUGAAACCAUCCCACAGCCCUCCAUCAGGAACAUAGCGGAGAAGCCUAAGGAGGUGUUGUUCACCCUACAGAAGAGGUAUAUCCAGUGUUGGAGCCAGGCCUCGACAGAGACGGGUUACGUUAACAUCAAGGAGCUGGCUGAGGCCAUGUGCUCUUAUGACCUGGAUAACAUGGACCUCUACUGGCUGCAGGCACUCAACGCUGAGCUGGAACACAUGGGGGAGGGGCCUGUAGACGAGUUGACGCUGGAGCGCACCAUUGAGGCGUUGGAGCGUCAUUGCCAUGACAACAUGAACCACGCCAUCGACACGGUAGAAGGGCUGGGCAUCGAGUACGACGAGGAUGUCAUCUGUGACGUGUGUCGCUCCCCCGACAGCGAGGAGGGCAACGACAUGGUCUUCUGUGACAAAUGUAACAUCUGUGUUCACCAGGCGUGUUAUGGUAUAGUGAAGGUACCAGAUGGUAACUGGCUGUGCAGGACGUGUGUCCUGGGCAUCGACCCCCAGUGUCAGCUGUGCCCCAUCAAGGGAGGGGCGAUGAAGGCUACGAGGGCGGGCACCAAGUGGGCACACGUCAGCUGUGCCCUGUGGAUCCCUGAGGUGAGCAUCGCGUGUCCAGAGAGGAUGGAGCCCAUCACCAAGGUGUCUCACAUCCCCCCCUCCCGCUGGUCUCUCAUCUGCAGCCUCUGUAAACUGAAGACUGGAGCCUGUAUACAGUGCUCAGUGAAGAACUGCACCAUCCCGUUCCAUGUGACGUGUGCCUUCGAGCACAGCCUGGAGAUGAAGACUGUCCUGGAUGAAGGAGACGAGGUGAAGUUCAGGUCCUACUGCCUGAAGCACAGCAAGCCCAAGAACCAGGCCUCCUCCGACCCACCAGCCCCCGGCCUCAGCCCCUGUCAGCCAUCCCACAGCAAGCAGUCCAAGGCAGGGGAGCCCGGCUCCGGUCUCAGUCCGGCCCGGUCCAAACCCCCCGUAGACCCAGAGAGGGGGGGCCUGAGGGCCCAGAGGUUGCUAGAACUAGAGGAGGAGUUUUCUACUCUGAUUCACCCUGAGGAGCUGGCCCUGAACCUGGGCCUCCCUCCCAGCCUGCUGGACUUCAUCUACCAGUACUGGAAACUGAAGAGGAAGAGCAACUUCAACCGUGCUCUGCUGCCCCCUAGUGAGGAGGAGGGUAACCUGCUGCUGUUGCCUCAUGAAGACAGCAUCCACACACGGAUGAGGAUGUUCAUGCACCUCCGACAGGACUUAGAGAGGGUGAGGAACCUAUGUUACAUGGUGAGUCGGAGGGAGAAGCUGAAACUGUCUCAGAGCAAGGCCCAGGAGCAGAUCUUCAACCUCCACGUCAAACUGCUCAGCCAGGAGAUCUCCGCUGGUCUGCCGGUGGACAGCAUGUUGUUCCGGCCUCCUCCCAGAAUCACCCUGACGCUGAAGAUGCCCAAAGUGUCGCUGGGUAACGGGAAGACCGGCUCCAAGUCAGGCAACGGCCCCCUGUGUCCAGAUAACAGCGGGAACGUUCACCAACGCAGUGGGGGAGGGAAGGGGCUAGGGAAGGGGGGGGGGCUGGGGAAGGGUAAGGGUAAGGGGGGAGGGUUAGGUAAAGGAGGAGGGAAGCCUCAGCUCCAUGGGCGAGGCAAGAGAGAGGAGUGCUCCAAUGGCAGCCUGCUGUCUGCUUCAGGUCAGUCACGUAGGGAGGGGAGUAAUGCCACUGGACCAACACUGACUAACCGUGCUGCCAGGGGCUCAGCCCUGACCAUUAAACAGACUGGCAAGCCUCUAAUGGGUAAACCGUUGACGCUCCACCCUGCCCUACAUGGCCACCCUUCCAAUGGAAACGGCAAACUGGACCAGGAGCGGACAGGCCCCGUCCCUAGAUCCAACGGCGUGAUGGAGAAGAUGGUGGGCGUGGUCCAGAAGGACAGCUCUUGUCAGACCCCCAGCGAACAGGAAACCAGCGAGGGUUCAGGGGUCAAGGCCAGCCAAUCAGUCAGCUUCAGUGAUUCCACCAUGGAGCACUUCAGCCGGUCGUUCAAGGAGGCGACGGUCAGCUUGGUGCGGACCACGGAGGACCUGCGGGGGGACAAGGUGUCCCAGGAGGGUAAAGGCACCAGAUCAGCCCAGGACCGACCCUGGGCCAAACCAGUUCCCGGAGUCCCCCAGGGAAUCGGUGGUACCAGAUCACCACCCUACAAGGAGACGGAUGGAUACUGCCCUGACCUGGAACUCAGUGACUCAGAGCCAGAGGCUAAAGGUCAGAGGUUGAGGCAGGGUAGGGUAAAGCAGAGCCUGGGGGGGUCCAGUAGGACCUCAGUACAGAGGUGACAGCCAUGACAUGACCUUUGCCCCGGCUCUGUCUGAGCGAGCAGCUCUCUGGUCAUGGGGCAGAGCCAGAGCCCCUACAAUGGCUGGGCCAUCUAUCUAUUGUACACAGGGACAGGAGCACAGGACUGCUGCAUGACAGGCGUCCUGACCCAGAUCAUCACCUCAGUGGGACUCUAAGCCACAUGUCUUCUUUAAUGGAUUUUUGUUCUCUCUCCCUCUAUGCUCGGUGUGAAUGGAAUGCCCUUGGACUGUCUCCUGAUUAAACUACUUGUCUGUUUAUUUCUGUCUUCUUUGCUCUGGCUAGAAAUGAUUAGAGCCUGAAUGAUGGGGGUUUCUUUUUUGGGGAACACACACACACACACACACACACACAACUUACUGAUGUUGAUUUGAGUGUUUUACAUCGGAGAAAUUAAAGUGUAAUUUUUCCACACUGAAGUCUCGUAAAUUGCCAUCCAAAAUUAGCAAUUGUCAAAUGUCGAUUUUCAUCCUAUUGGUCGUGCUCUAUAAAUGAUUUUCUGUUCUGUACUCAACCUCCCUAUCUAGGUUAACAUCUACAUAAUAGGUGAAUCUACUCAACCUCCCUCUCCUUUUCUCUCGCUCUUUUGCGAUCUCUUGAACUGCCAGCAUUAGAAUCUCUUGAACUGCUAGCAUUAGCAUCUCUUGAACUGCCAGCAUUAGCAUCUCUUGAACUGCCAGCAUUAGCAUAUCUUGAACUGCCAGCAUUAGCAUCUCUUGAACUGCCAGCAUUAGCAUCUCUUGAACUGCCAGCAUUAGCAUCUCUUGAACUGCCAGCAUUAGCAUCUCUUGAACUGCCAGCGUUAAGCAUCUCUUGAACUGCCAGCGUUAGCAUCUCUUGAAUUGCCAGCGUUAGCAUCUCUUGAACUGCCAGCGUUAGCAUCUCUUGAACUGCCAGCGUUAGCAUCUCUUGAACUGCCAGCGUUAGCAUCUCUUGAACUGCUACCUAUCCUUUCCCAUCAUUUCAGAUGAGGAGACUGUCGUUCAACAGCCAGUUCUUCCGUUAGUCUCCAUUUCCAGAGUUGGACAGAGGGAGUGUUGUAUCUCUUUAAGGGAAUCAUUGUGUUCAAUAGCACAUGUUUUUGAUAUGUAUGAAUAUGAAAUUCACUGACUGUGUAUUGGUAUGAUUUUGUAUCCUUUUUACUAGGGAAUAAAUAGUAUAUUUAAUCAAA